AUGCCACCCACCCACAUCUCCAGCACUUCCCGCGCCCUCUACCGCGUCUUCAUCGCCCCCAAUCUCCGCACAAAUACCCCAAUCCCCCUGCAGUUCCUUCCCGCCUUCGCCGCCCCCACCGCCUCAUCCUCGCAUUCCCUCGUCUCGCGAACCACCGUGCGCACAAAAACUUAUACAAAAGACACUCGCCGUCAUGCCCUCUCCGACCACUACAUCCUCGACGCAGCCAUCACCUCGCCCCUCAUAAACUUUGUCGACGAAGCUGGCAAAUUCUACCCCAGCGUGCCCCUCACCGAGGCUCUCACAAGUUUCAACAAAAUUACCCACCAUCUGGUGCAGAUGGCCCCAGGGAACGUGGAUGGAUACGGACGUCCGGCGAGCAACGACCCGGCCGACCUGCCAACAUGUCGCGUCAUCAGCAAAAUAUCCCUGCGCGAACAAUUUCAGCACAAACUAGAGACGCUGCGUCGCCAAGAAAAGGGUCAGCCUGCCGGGCCGGCGCACAAGAAUCUCGAGUUGAAUUGGGCCAUUGCAGGAGGAGAUCUUAAACACCGCUUGGAGAAGAUGAAGGGUUUUCUGAGAGAUGGACGGAAAGUUGAGAUUAUGCUGGGGCCGAAGAAAAGAGGAAAACAGGCGAAUGAACAGGAGGCGAAUGCUGUCUUGAAUGCUGUGAGAGAAGCCGUCGAAGAGUGCAAGGGUGCGAGCGUGGUCAAGAGCGAGGGCACGGUUGGGGGUGUCAUGACGAUUGUUUUUGAGGGCAGAAAGACGGACGAGAAGAAGAUUAGUAGCGACGCCAAGUCGGGGGAGGGGGCUGAGGAAAAGGCAACAUGA